UUAUGCAGCGUUUAUAAAGAAAUGUUAGGUUGGAUGUGAAAACGUACAAUUCUGGAUAAGUGUGGCCGGGGUUGGCCUUGUAGGCUCAAAGCAUAUGGCGAUUGCCGGUUUAAUGUCUCAAGUACGGCGAGCUACUGCGGCGAAAUAAUUCAAAUUGCGAGUGUAUUGCACUUCAAAAAUGAUGCUUAAAAUGAACAGCGAGGCGUAUGCACACUUGAUACAAAUCUUGGAGAAGACAAUUUCACCAGACAAACAUGAAUUAGAAACAGCACAAAACUACCUUGAACAAGCUGCACAGACAAAUUUGCCUGAAUUUCUAAAAACUCUUUCCGAUGUAUUACUUCAUGGAGCAAAUAGCCAAGUUGCCAGAAUGGCAGCAGGCUUACAACUCAAAAACAACCUUACUUCAAAGGACCCAAAGAUCAGAGAACAGUUUCAACAAAGGUGGCUGUCUUUUCCCGAAGAAACACGACAUUACAUUAAGAAAAACAUAAUUGGGGCUCUUGGAACUGAAAGUACACGGCCAAGUUCUGCAGCCCAAUGUGUUGCUUGUGUCGCAAUUGCAGAAAUCCCACAUCAACAAUGGCCCGAUCUCAUAUCAGUAUUAUCUGCAAAUGUUAUCAACAUCAACAGUACUGAAAUGACAAAAGAAGCAACUCUCGAGACAAUUGGUUAUAUCUGUGAAGGGAUUGAACAAGAAGCUCUUGUAAGCAAGUCGAACGAAAUUCUUACAGCUAUCAUACAUGGAAUGAGGUCCACAGAGCCAAGCAAUCAUGUUCGUCUUGCUGCUACAACUGCUCUCUUAAAUUCUUUGGAAUUUACAAAAGCAAAUUUCAAAGAAGAAGUUGAAAGGAACUACAUCAUGGAAGUUGUUUGCGAAGCAACCCAGUCUCCUGACACUCAAGUUAGAGUUGCUGCUCUUCAGUGUCUAGUAAAAAUAAUGUCACUGUAUUAUCAAUACAUGGAACCCUACAUGGCCCAAGCGUUAUUUCCAAUAACACUAGAAGCCAUGAAAUCCGACAUCAACGAAGUGGCAUUACAAGGUAUUGAAUUCUGGUCGAAUGUAAGUGAUGAAGAAGUCGAUUUGGCCGUUGAAGAAAAUGAAGCUUCUGAGCUAGGGAAACCUCCAAAAGAGACAUCGAGGUUUUAUGCCAAAGGAGCGCUACAAUUUCUUGUGCCCGUCGUCCUCUCAAAAUUGACCAAACAAGAAGAAUUCGAUGAUGAAGAUGAUUGGAAUCCGAGCAAAGCAGCUGGAGUGUGCCUCAUGUUAUUGGCUUCGUGUUGUGAAGACAGCAUAGUUCAAUACGUACUUCCUUUUGUACAUGAUAAUAUCAAAAGCUCUGAUUGGAGAUACAGAGAUGCUGCACUCAUGGCUUUCGGUUCAAUUCUUGGUGGUUUAGAGCCACAUACAAUUCAACCCUUUGUCGAACAAGCAAUGCCGACUCUCAUCGAACUGAUGUAUGACACUUCUGUAACUGUGAGGGACACCGCUGCCUGGGCAUUGGGAAGAAUCUGUGAAAUAGUCCCUGAAGCAGCUGCUAACGAAACAUACUUGAAACCCCUUUUAGAAGCACUUUUAAGUGGAUUAAAUGCGGAGCCUCGUGUUGCUGCAAAUGUGUGUUGGGCCUUUAACGGCUUGGCUGAAGCUAUCUAUGAAAAAGCAGAGAGCAUCAAACCAGACCAACCCGAAACAUACAUGUUGUCACCUUAUUUUGAAUUUAUUGUGCACAAACUACUUGAGACUACUGAUAGAGUAGAUGGGGCCCAAGCCAAUUUGAGAUCAGCAGCAUACGAAGCUUUGAUGGAAAUGAUAAAGAACUCACCCAAAGAUUGCUAUGUAACAGUACAAAAAACUACAAUGGUAAUUUUGGAAAGGCUGAAUCAAGUGCUGGCCAUGGAACAACAAAUUCAGUCGCAUUCUGAUAGAGCUCAGUUUAAUGAUUUACAAAGCCUUCUUUGUGCUACACUCCAGAGUGUUCUUCGCAAGAUGACCCUAGAAGAUGCACCAAAAAUAUCUGAUGCUAUAAUGAACGCAUUAUUACUCGUUUUUAAUUCAAACUCUAUUAAAUUUGGUUCUGUUCAAGAAGAUGCUUUGAUGACGGUCUCGACUUUGGUACAAGUUCUUGGGGAAGGGUUCAUAACUUAUAUGCCAGCGUUUAAACCGUUUUUAUUUAUGGGCUUGAAAAAUCAUGUUGAAUAUCAGGUUUGCUGCGCUGCUGUUGGCCUUACUGGCGAUAUAUGCAGAUCGGUGAAAAACAAACUUCUCCCGUAUUGUGAUGAAAUUAUGACACUUUUACUUGAGAAUUUAGGGGAUGCAAGUGUGCACAAAUCUGUGAAACCAGAGAUUCUGUCAGUCUUUGGUGACAUCGCUAUGAGUAUUGGGCCUGAAUUUAAAAAAUAUCUCGACAUAACCUUUCACACACUGGCACAAGCUUCAGAGAUCAGACUUGAUAAGUGUGAUUAUGAUACAAUUGAAUGGCUUAAUAAUCUCCGUGAAGGCGUAGUGGAGGGUUUCAGUGGUAUUAUACAAGGUCUCAAAGGAGACGAUCCUAACAUCUUAAACCCCGAUGUCGCUUUAUUGGAAAGAUUCAUUCCUAUAAUGGUUAAAACCCUUGUUAUCAUCGCUUCAGAUAACAAUAAAAAUGAUAAGAACAUUUCCGCAUGUGCUGGCCUUAUCGGGGAUUUGUGUGGGGUUUUUGGUGCAAAAAUGGUGCCACUUCUGGAUGUCGAGCCGAUUAAAACUAUGCUCACUCAGGGGAAAAAGUCAACCCAACCCAGCACCAAAAGUAUGUGUAAUUGGGCAAUAAAGGAGCUUCGCAAACACAAACAAGAAAACUCUAGCUGAUUGAAUUUAGACAAUAGGGAUUCAAGGCCAACCAUCAUAAUCCUUCUUUUUGGUUAUCUUCUGGAAAAUUGCGCACCCCAAAGUGAGAUUGGAGCUGAUUGGAGAAGGGAGCUGAUUUAUCCCUGAGGGGUGAGAGGCUGAAAGUGCAAGUGUUUCUCCGAACGUGUGCAGUGAUAUUAAUUAUUAUAUGUUGACUGUGAGAGACUUAAACAAAAAUUAAUUAAUAAUAAUUUGUGAGCGAGGAGACUGAGCGUGUAUGAACUAUGCUGUGAUUUUUUCUGAGGGGCCCUCAACCAGGCACAUCUAUUUUCAACUGAAAACACAUUUAUCCCCUUUUAUUUUUAUUUAAAAAAUCAUCUUUAUAUUCAUUUUACUAAGAUUCCAAAUGUAAUGGGAAAAGCAUGACGGUUGCUAAAGAGAGCUGAGAAGUGCUUUUUUAAUUUAUUUUUAUUUUAUUAUAACUUUUAUUAUUUUUGUUUUUUUAUUUUUUAAGGUACUUCACUAUUUGUAUCUGAACUGAAAAUAAAUUUGAAUGAAGUGCCUUGAUAAUAAUUUUAUAUGAGAAAUGUUAAAAGCUCAGGUUGUCUUGUCAUGUUAAAAAUUAAAUUAGAAUUAGCAGAGAAAAAUAUUCGUUCAGAAGUAAUUUUAGGUUAUUUUAAGUGUUUGUUUUGUACUAGCAAUGAUAAUUUUUUAUUCAAAAUAAAAAAAUUUAUCUAAUUUAAGACUUAAAGCUCAGCAUUGUCUCAAAUUAUAAAAGACAUUAUUCUGAUAACUUUUUUUAAAAAUAUAUAUAUAUAAAUUUGUAAUAUUACAUUUGCUAGUACAAAUCAUUACUUGAAAGUAAAACAAAAAUAGUUACAUAAUGUGUAUUAUAAUGCGAUGGUUUUGUGAAAUGUUUCAUUUUAUCCAUUUUAAAAAGACUUGUAAUCUUCCUUAAAACUAAACAAUCAAAAAAAUUAGAUGUAAUCAAUUUUCACAGUUUUAAACCAGGAUGAAACAUCCUAUUGAAACUGUUGCAUUUUAUUUAUUAGAAGCUAUUUUUAAUGGAAAAAAAUUUAUAUACAAUCGCCUAAACAAAAUAAGAAGAGCAGUUCCUCCAAUCAAAUGUUUUAUUGUUUAUGUUUUUUGAUAUGUGAAAUGAAAACACAAUAAAUAGUAAUUAAGGUACAAGGCAGUCUUGAGCAAGACAUUUGAGUGUCUGUGAAAAGAGUUUUGUAAACUAUUUCAAUUUAACUGUGAUUGUGAAGUGUGUGCAUUCAUUUCAGGAUGUUGCCUGUCAACGUGUCGCACUUCUCUCUUUAUUAUUCCGGACUGUGUGAUAAUCAUCGUCCCUCGAAUGUAUGCGAAUCUCAUGCCUGCCGAAGUGUAGUUAUAUAUAUUGUAUAGAUUUAAUAUUAAAUAAACAAAAAACAACAAAAAAACACUUCCAACGGUAUGGAAGUAUAUAUAUAUUAUGCAUUGUAUCAAUGAGCGUUUGUGAGUAUGUUUGCUAAAAACUUUUGUACAAAUGUAUUUUGUCUGUUAUUAAUGACUAUUGUUAUGACUGAGGAUUCGGUUGUUUUGUUGAAUGUGUGUGUGAAUGUUAAUGUGUGAAUCUAGUGUGUAGUAUGAGUGAUACUGUGCCAUUGCUGAUCCCAGAAGCUUGUCAAAACACUAUUAUAGCAGCACCCUUGGCUUCCUAUUUUUCAAUCCUUAUUGCUUGUACUACUGCUCCUUUUUGCCCAUGCUUUUUAAGUCAAAAUAAAAUUGAAAAGCUAUUGAAAUUUGUAAGUUGUUCUAUUUUACUUACCUAUUAGUUUCAAACAAAACUAAUUAAAUUACAAGUUAUAUUGUUUUUAGAUUUAAUUUAAACAUCAUAAAACCAUUCCUGUAUCCUAGGAUUAUAAACAUGAUCUAGUUUUCUUUUUUUUAUUUAUUUAACAAAUAUAGCCGUUAGAGUAGAUUAUCUUUUGUU